GCUGGGAUCAGUGCUGCCGAUGGAUUGGCUCAAAGUGCACGUUGCGCACCAUAAGCAAAUCGAAUCGAAACAGCGAAUAAAUGUUUAAAGUGCAAAUAGACGACAUUUAUCGGCGAGUUUUAUUGGUCAGCAUUCGAUAAAAUUAACAGGCGCCGAUCGGAUCGUUGAAGGCUGCCGCUGCUGGUGGUGGUGCUGUGGCGGUGGCGGUGCGGUGCUCGCUGAUGGUUGAACCAGCCUACGGUUGUAAUCCGCUUAAUGUUUUUCUUUUUCGUUCGUUAUUGUUACUUUUGUGUGGUGUCGUCGCCACACACACCACGCAGCACCACAAACGGAAACAGCCCAUGAAUACUCCUUCGACCCAAUUGGUAUCCAUCGACGAGCAGGAGAUGGCCGCUGCCGCCUUGGCCCGGCAGGAGGCGGAUGGGCAGGCCAACUACUUGGGUUGCCUGGAGGAUAUGCAGCUGUUUGCACAGCUGAAUGAGCUGAGGGGCGACGACACUGAUGUCAUGGAGAUGCUGUCGCCGGGGGCAGACUUUGACCUGAUCGAUAUGGUGAACGGGGCCCUGGAUCCCACAGACAGUCCCACGCGAUUGAAGAAAAUGUCCAGGCGGAGCACCAAACAGGUGCAGGGAGCACCGCAUGUCUGCGAAGUGUGCGGCAGACGCUUCUCGGAGGCCUAUAACCUGCGCAUACACAAGAUGACACACACGGACGAGAGGCCGCAUGUGUGCGAUCGCUGCGGCAAAGGGUUCCGGCAGUUGAACAAGCUGCGCAUCCACUAUGUCACCCAUACACCGGAUCGACCGCACAAAUGCGACAUCUGUGGCAAAGGCUUUCGCUAUGCCAACUACCUGGCCGUCCAUCGACGUCUCCACACUGGCGAGAAGCCUUACUCGUGUUUGGUCAAGGAGUGCGAUCAGACUUUUCACUCAAUUCAUGCGCGUCGCAUCCACUCGAAGCUGCAGCAUGCGGCUCCAGUUUCAUCGGAUGCCGAGCAGGAUCAGCCACUGUUUGCGUUGGAGGGGUCCACAGCCGUCACUUCCUCACUGAGCUUCACCUGCCCCAUCUGCGGCCGGGUGCUCACAGAUCAGUGCUACCUGAACACUCACCUGAAGCGGCACUAUAACCAGCGUGACUAUCCCUGCCCGCAGCCGGAAUGCGGCAAGCGCUUCUUCAGCGCGUCAGAGGUGAAGCAUCAUCAGAUCGCCCACACCCAAUAUCGUCCGUACGCGUGCACCCAGUGCCCAGCCCGAUUCCUAAGGAAAUCGAAUUACAAACAGCAUUUGAAGAUACAUGAGCGCUGAGACUCUCCUCAAGAGGGUCUCCACUUUUGUUUGCUUGUCUUUGCCUUUGUUAUUGGGUUUGGUUUAGCUUUUUGUUUGGUUUUAAUUGAUGUAAGUGUUUAUUUAAAUAUACGUUCCAUAUGUUUGUCUUUA